AUGUAUCUUGAGGAUCGAACAGUCCGACUGCAGCUCUGGGACACCGCGGGCCAGGAGCGCUUCCGCAGCUUGAUUCCCAGCUACAUUCGUGAUUCUUCUGGAGCUAUUGUCGUAUACGAUAUCACAAAUCGCGCUUCUUUCCUAAACACAUCGAAGUGGAUUGAGGAUGUUCGAAGCGAGAGAGGGAACGAUGUUGUCAUCAUACUUGUUGGCAACAAGACUGAUCUGGCUGACCGACGGCAAGUCUCCAUCGAAGAGGGGGAGGAAAAGGCCAAGGAGAACGGCGUCAUGUUCAUUGAGACCAGUGCCAAGAUGGGUACCAACAUCAAGGGCCUCUUCCGGCAAUUGGCACAGGCUCUGCCAGGACAGGAUGAGGCACCCAACGUGGACAUGGCGACGCAGCCAACAGUGCAGCUUGAUCCUUCGUCUGUGUCCUCGGAGCUGCUCCUGUUGAUGCAGCAGGACUACAUGGUUUGCAAGAGACCAGUAGUCUUGCGCAGCCAUUCCUACCCAGCCGGUCUCAAUGAUCUCCGGAAAGCAGACCAGGUGGAUGUCUGGCAAGGCAACGCGAUGGCAAAACGGAGGAUGGUUGUGGUUGUGGUCAACAUCUUCGAUGUGGUGCUUCGGCGAUGGCUAGAGCGGCAUCUCAAGUUAACUGGAAGGCCAGAUCUCGCCAUCCUGGUCCCUUUGGGCUUCAUCUCCGUUUUUUGGACACUGGACCUGAAGGAAAGGCUGGGAACCAAGAUUGCAGGGGAGACUGUCAGGUCGCCAGAAGGCCGUUUAUGUCUGAAGCACAACGUGUCUGCUGCAGGACUGUCAGUGCCAGAGACUGUGCAGGGCACAGCUAUCUGUUUUGCUGUGGUGCCCUCUCUGUCGCGAGAUCCCAAGGUCGCACCCGCAGCUCUUGAGGUUCUGCCGCAGAAGGUGCAAAGUCUGCUCCAGCGCCUAGGACCAUUAGAAGGACCACCGGUCGUAUCGCAAGGGCCGAACGGCUUUCAGGCCUUGGCUCGCUUUCAAAAUGCCAGCGACGCCCGUGCUGCCGUGCAGACGCUGCAUGGGUUUGACAUGCGGUCUGCUUCAGAGAAGCAGACGGCUAACAACGAGGCGCCGAAGGAGAGUGAGUGCUUCAGCCUUCGAAUUGCAGAUGAUUCAGGAAUGGCUCCCAAGAUGGCUCGGAAAAGGAGGGUGAAGGCAAAUGGGAUCUUCUUAUGGCCCUUGCCCGAUAACUGGGCGGAAAAGGAUGUCGAGCUUCUCGCAUCGCCCUAUGGCACUGUGCAGAGAACCCGAGUGGAAGGAAUGGCGAGUGGUCAGAAAGGAGUACUCAUUGACUUCGAUACGUCCGCUGCUGCGUCCUCAGCCUUGACCGCUCUCAAUGGCCUGUCACUCAUGGGAGCCCAACUGCGCUGCGUAAUGCAGGAGGAGCCUGAACCGAAGAAGCCUCUGAUGUCGUUUUUUUCGUAUAUCGACGAGCUUGCAAUGCCUUCCUUGCCGCGGGAGGUUGAGCCCAAGUUGGACGACCGGGAGAUCUUUGUUACCCACUUGCCGUCAAAGGCGAGCACAGAGGACGGUGUAAGGUUUCUCUUGGGAAACUUUGGCGACAUCGAUGAGGUUCUUUUGCUUCGUGAUGCUCAGCAGCGGCCUAAUGGCAAGGCCUACGUCCGCUUCAACAGUCACUCAGAGGCCCGCAAGGCGCUUGAGGCUAUCCGGAUAUCAGGAGCAGAUGGAGUGUCGAAGGCUUCUUGGUCGGAAUCUGAACGUGCUUUGCGAGGCACGCGUGGGGCCUAUGGCCUCAAUGUGCUGCGGCAUCUGCAGGGAGCAGAAGGAGGAAGGUUGCAUGACAUCUGCAAGGCAGCUGGCGUCAACUCUUUGUACCUGGAGCUUGACCCGGUACUCGGAAACAUGCCCGGAAGCCACGGAAGCCAGCACGUUCUUUUCACGGCUCGAUGCGCAGAGCCAACACAGGCAGAAGAAUGCUGGCGGCUGCUGGCUGAAGCUCUCGCCCGCGUGCAUGAGACCCAUGCUUCCGAGGUUCGGGGAAGCCUUGUGUUACGUGGAUUCCCGCCGUCAUGGUCGGAGAAGGGCCUCAAGUUUGUCUUCGCUCCUUUCGGUGGGCUGUCAUCCGUCUUCAUUGAGGAAGAGGAAAAAGACACCCAACCCGCGAGCGUGUCGGGUCAGGUUCGGUCCUCGGGACGACUUGCGUACGUGAAGCUGCGCAACAAUCAGGCCAUGGACAAGGCCGUGACAAACUUGCACCAGACGAAGGUUGGCGACGGUGAUCUUGUUGAGGAGUGCAUUGUGGCUUGCCACCGAUGGCACAGCAGAUCCUGGUCGGAUGGGAGCUUCCAGGUCAGCAUUUUUGUUGACCAGUUAGCACUGAGCCGGAGACCUGCGGAGGUGUUACCUGGACCUGAAGACCGCGAAUUGUAUGUUCGAAACUUACCUCUGCAGGACAUGACACGGAAGCAGCUGCGAGAGUACUUCGAGGGGUUUGGAGAAGUUGAUGAUCUCCACCUCAUCUUGGACGCUUUUGGUGUGGAGCCAACAAACGAGGGGUACGUGCGGUUCAAGUAUCAUCGGGAUGCGCUGCGCUGCAUCGAAGCUUUGACUCCCGCGGACCCAGAGGAG